AUGGAACACAAUCUCGCCGUCUGCAGUGUACUCGGUAACGGCGCCCUCAGAACCCCAGUUCACCAGCACAUUGCCCGACUCCAAGACCUGCGCAGAACCCUGCGAUUUGGCAAGCAGGCCGUAUGGGGCCUGGUAGUUCUUGAGCAGCUUGGCCUCCCACGUCUCGGUGUUCACCUCAACAACUUUUCCGCUGGAAACCUCGUUGAUCUUCACCAAAUGGCCGUGUUUGUCCUCUGUUCCGUGGGCAGAGUUGUCAAAGAACGAGAUGAUCUGUUUCUUGCCGUCCUCGGAAGUCCACAGGUACCUUGCGUGGUGCUGGAAGCCGAAUCUAAAGCCACCAACGUUUUCAAAGCUCGAGCUGGUCUCGCCAGGAAUGCCUCCCAGCUUCCAGAUAACCUCGCCUGUCUUUCCGUCGAUCUUGUACACCGAGGCGGCGUCUCUGGCAGAGAGCAGGUAGUCUCCGUUCUCGUCCUUGUCGACCGAGUUGAUAUGGAAGUAAUCCCACGCAUCGCUCGAGUUAUAACCAGAACCGGCAUAACCAGGGUUAAUUGGGAGCACAGACUCGUGCGGAGAAACGUGGUCCAAAGAGGCCCAUUCAAACAGCACCUCGCCGGUCUCAAGGUCAAGUUCCUGGAAAAUGGCGUUCACAAUCCAUUGUUGCUCCUCAGAAGCACCAAAUUCGCUAAGGUCCCGGGGAACCGGCUGGUAAACUUGAAGCAAGCCGGUUUUCUCGUCCUUGAUGUGGAACUCGUGCUUGUCAGAAAGCUUGUGCUUGCCGGCACGCAGCUCCUUGACGAGCUCGUAGCGGUUGUUCAGGAACGUGUGGUGGCCGUGGCCAUGGCCAUAGGCCGGGUUGUGGUCUCCUUCAAAAGAAAACAAAAUGUCCUGGCCGUUGAACUUGGCGGCCUGGAAAUUGGCGUUCCAGAUCGAAAAGAUGCUGUACCCAGACCACACAAGGUCUCCCUCGGCGGAAAAGAUGUACGGAGCAGCCUGUCUUGGUCCGUGCAGGGUGUUGUCCGGGAAGCCAGAGAACGGAGCCACGAAAAGAUAGUCUGUAGAGGCCUUGUCGUGGUCGAAGAUGGUGAUGUUCAGCUGGGGCGGAGCCAGGUCGGACCGACUGCGGUACUGCCAGUCGGCGUACACGGGCAGAAGGAAUAA